AUGGACGAGGCCACAAAGUACCUCUCGGACCGGCUCCUGAGCGAGGAGGUGCCGGUGACAUAUCGUCUCUUAAGCAGGGCACUCAACAUUCGAGUCAACGACGCCAAGCAGAAGCUCUAUGAAUUCUAUCGGGCCCAGAAUGCUUCCAAGGCGGGCUCAGUCCAUGCCACCUACCUGAUCUACGGCUCCAAGACGGAAGACAGACAGCCAGACACCGACAUGGACGGCUCAGCACCGGAGCAUGAGCCCCUUUCCGACUAUGUGCCUACCAGGACGGUUACGAUAGUGGCCGAAGAGAAGCUGAAAGAGGUGCUGGCUGAAUACGAGCAAGUCUCCUCGUUCCACAUCUACAGCCUGGCUCCGUUCCCCCAAAGAGAUCUAGCACUGCUCUCCGAUGUGGCCAAGUCGCUCUCUGAAUACAGGAAUACCGAAGACACAGCAAAGGCGCUCGACACAUACGGCAUCAUCACCAAUCCCCAGGCACGCAAAAGAGACCGGAAAGGACGUCCCCAAAUCCUGGCCCCAACAAGCGCGCCCAAGCCCGUCGCCAAGCAGGACAAGGCUCCUCCCGCGGUGGCCACGCCCAAGCCCAGCCAGCCGGAAAAGACCAAGGAGACCCCGACGUCCGCCUCUGCUGACGCUACUCCGGCGUCCAGCGCCGGCAAGAAGCCUCCCGCGACGCUGAAGCGCGGCGCCUCCGGGGGCAUCAUGCAGUCCUUUGCCAAGGCGGCCGCGAAGCCUCCCAAGCCGAAGCAGCCGAAGCCUGAGCCCAAAGCCAAGGAAGAGGACACCAGCAUGGCUCUAUCUGACGAUGGCGAGGCCGACGAGGAAGACGUGCUCCCUCCUCUCAAGACUGUCGAUCUAGAAGCUCUGAAAAGGACGAGGAAAGAGCGGGAAGAAGCGCUUAUGCGCAUGAUGCAGGAUCCGGAAGACGACGAUGUCAAGGAGGAGGCCAAGAAGCAAGACGAGCAGUCAGACGAGGAGAUGGAAGAGGCAUCUGAGCCCGAACCAGAGCCCGAGCCCGAACCGGAGCCCGAGCAGCAGCCGAAGGAAGAAAAGGAACCUACGGAGGUGGUGUCGAAUUCCAGCAACGGCCGCCGGAGGGGCAAGCGACGGGUUAUGAAGAAGAAGCGCAUAUUGGACGACCAAGGAUACAUGGUGACUAUCCAGGAGGCUGCGUGGGAGUCGUUCUCCGAAGACGAGGCUCCUGCACCCGCAGCCGCGAAAGCAACGCCUACACCAACGCCCGCUUCGUCGACUCAGAAGGCCAAGAAGGCGGCGGCUGGGAAGGGCGGAAGCCAAGGCAGCAUCAUGUCGUUCUUUUCCAAAAAGUAG